CACGCGACAAUUGGAGGGGGCGGGGCUCUCUGGGAGCAUGCGGAGCGCCAACGGCCGGGAGGCGGACUCGGGGUUUAAUCUCCGUUAAACCCGCAGCUUCGCUCGUCGACCCCCCCCCCCCCCUCCCGAUUCGAGCGUGGUUCCUUCUCAGCGGCCGCGGCUCCCCAUCGCGCCCCGGAGAUGUCCCGUGCCCACCUCGGGUGCCACCCUGGCGGCGGCCUUUCAUGAGUGCCCCGAUGUGCAUGGCCGCCGUCCCCUACCGCUGGCCUCCCCGCUUCCCGCUGCCCGUGUCGGAUGUGCGCGCUGCCUGCGCCCGCCCAGCCGCCGCUCGACACCAUCAGCGGCUGCCCGCUCCGUGCGUCAGCGCGUCCCGUCCGCAGCCCCAGCCCCAGCCUUGGCCCCGCACCGCCUGAGGGAGGUUAGACCAGGACAGGCCAGCCCAGGACACCAGCUUCCCGUGCCGCGCCGCCCCCUCCCCCCGGCCCCUCUCUGUCUCGGCCUCUGUGUCUGUCCUUCCUCUCGCCGUUGGCCGCCAUGGAGCUGCUGUGUUGUGAGCCGGAGACGGUGAGGAGGGCGCUGCCCGACCCCGAGCUGCUGCGAGAUGACCGUGUGCUGCACAAUCUGCUCGCGCUCGAGGAGCGCUAUUUGCCGGCCUGCUCCUACUUCAAGUGCAUGCAGCUGGACAUCCAGCCCUACAUGCGGAGGAUGUUGGCCGCCUGGAUGCUCGAGGUCUGUGAAGAGCAGAGGUGUGAGGAGGAAGUCUUUCCUUUGGCAAUGAAUUACCUGGACAGAUUCUUAUCGAUUGUACCAAUUACCAAAAGCCACCUGCAGCUACUUGGAGCUGUGUGUCUGUUCCUUGCAUCAAAGUUCAAAGAAAAUAUUCCUUUGACAGUGGAAAAACUUUGCCUAUAUACUGACAACUCUAUCAGACUACAUGAACUUUUGGAGUGGGAGUUGAUCGUUUUGGGAAAGUUGAAGUGGAAUCUUGCAGCUGUAACUCCACAUGACUUCAUUGAACACAUUCUGAAGAAGCUGCUGCUUUCCGAAGACAAGCUGCACCUCAUCCGAAAGCAUGCACAGACCUUUAUUGCUCUUUGUGCCACAGAGUUUAAGUUUGCCAUGUAUCCGCCAUCAAUGAUUGCGACUGGAAGUGUUGGGGCAGCAAUAUGUGGACUUCAGCUGGAUGUUGGUGAUAGUUCACUUUCGAGUUAUAACCUGACAGAUCACCUGGCCAAGAUCAUACACACAGAUGUGGAUUGUCUGAAAGCUUGCCAGGAACAGAUCGAAUCAUUGCUGGUCAACAACCUGAGACCGACUGAGCAGGACCAUUCAAAGAGGGUGGAUGAACUGGACCAGGCAAGCACACCCACAGAUGUGAGAAAUGUAAACCUGUGAGGCUACAGGAGUGGAAAAGGCUAUGUGUGAUCUUCCCUUUAGGAAGAUUUUUUUUUGUUUUUCCUUUUUAAAAAUGCUCCUACAUAGAAACUAUCUAAAGCUUCUUUUAGAAAACAAAACUGAUAUUAAAACUAUGGUGCCUAUGGUGUUCUGCAGAAGGGAAUCCCACCUUUAUUUGUUUGCAUAAUUGCUGUUUUAUUAUUGACAAUGAACAUGCUUAAGAAGCAUAAAAAUAGCUAGCUAAAUGCAGGCCUGUGUAUGUGGGGUUACAUGAUUAGAUAUUUACUGUUCUAUUUUAUGGUGCAUGCACCCUCUUCAAUAUAUGAGAAAUUGUGGCUCAAUUUAGAUUGCAAAGCAAUAGCCUGAGUGAGGUGGGGAGGGUUGCUGGAAAAUAGUCUUCUCUUUUGAGUGAACCAUCUUCAGUGUGGAUGGAUUGCAAUACUGCCUUAACAUAUUGAACUUAUCUUGAAUGAAGUUUGGUUAUGGGCAGGAUUGCUGUUCUGUGGAUUUGUUUGACCUUAAUUAAUGAAUGCAUAUGUGGAAGGUUCCUAUUUAAACCAACUUGAAAGUCUAUGUCAUGGCUGUGCUGUGUACAUUUUCUCCUCAUAUCUGUUUCUUCCUAUUGUCACUACUGUAGUAUGAUACUCGUGUUUCUCUGUUUGUGUUUUCACUCUAUUGCCACAUCUAUCAGUACUUACCCAUGCACCCUCCACCCCCCCCUUCUCCAAAUAAUGCACCUGGUCCUAAUUUUUCUCUAUUUCCUCAUCCAUUCCACCCCUCACCCCCCGCCCUGCCCCACAACAAUGUGUCUUUAACUGUUCUGGUUCUGCCUUCAGAAAUGGUUCAUUCUACACAGCAAAUUGUUAGCCGCUCCUCUAACUGUGGGCCAAAUUUGAAUGUGUCUAGGGAACUCCUGUUCCAAUAGCCAGUCAGCUGAUUACACUGCCACUGCACUCUGCAUUACACUACAUUGUCCAGAUUGUAAGAAUCUUGAUCAUCUUUAUUGGUCUCAGAUUUCAACUUUGAUUCCACCUAGCAUUCUGUGUGGAAAGCAGAGAAACCAAACUAUAUCCUUCCACUUGAAAAGAGGUGAAACUUCCAAACAUAUUUUUUUUGUGCAGAAAUUGACCCACAGUUAGCAUUGUUGUAAACCAUUUCAUUUGAAAAGCACUUUGAAUAUAUUUCCCUAGGGAUGAAUGAAAUGGUUUAUGAAAUUGACUUGUUUUUGUUUCCCAGUUUCUGGUGUAUUAUAUUAUCAUGUUGCUGGAAAAAGAAACAACAUUUUGUAUGGAAGACAUUCCAGUUUGGGUUGCAACAUUCCACAGAUCUUUAGUAACUUCAUAUGUUUUCAGUGUCACAGAAGGAUCUUUGUGCCACAGGGAUGCCGAGCCUUGGACAUUUUGGAUGAGAAUCAUUGCUGGUGCAAGAAGCAGCAAGUACCAUGGUUCACAACUUGUUGUUAUUUGAGAAUUUGUAUUCAGUCUACUUGAAUUUUUCUGCUCCAUCGUUGGGCAUGGAUGGUAAAGAGUUGGGGGCAGUGUUUAUUUGCACAUGUUUUGUAACAGUCUGAAAUUUGCAAAAUUAAGCUAUUGAUUGAAAUGUUGAACUAGGGAUUUGAGAGAGGUAGGAUUAAAGAAAGUAUCUGGGGGAAAUAGAUUUUUGCUGAAUUGACACAGCCUGACUGGGGUUGAUGAGGGUAGAAAAUGGAGUACGAAUCUUUAUUUUGCGCUGCUAUGAAAAGCUAUGAUUUGUUUCAUUCUUAUUCACAUUAACAGUACUUGGCUGUAUUGUUUCACUGAGUGUGCUGCUAUUUUAUAAACAUUUUUAUAAUAUAUUAUUUUACCGCUUAAGUUUCAAAAUUCUGAAGUAGUGGGAAUGGAAAAUGAAUACAUUGAUUUACUGGAAAUACCCAUGAACAGUUUUUUCCAGUAUUGUUUCAUGAUUUUCUUUUUGUCACAUUCUGAAAAACAGCAUAGUUACCUCAGGUUUAUUGGACAACAGUAUGGUUAAUUUCACAAUACCUCACACACUACAGUUUUGGGGAGCCUUGCAGGUUUUGUUAGUAUAGAGAGAUACAGUUGAGCUUAGUGAUGUCUUCUUGCUGAGAUGUACAAGCUGGUUGCACAGACAAAAGGCUCCCCCUGGGCUUGGAUACAUUACCAUUUACCUCAUUGACUUUCUGAUGCACAAUUCUGUUCUUAAACCUUCCUGCUUUACUGAGUGUGAUGCCAUAUCAAUAAAAUGUUAUUCUCUCACAA